UCAGCUGAAAAAACUUUGCAAAAACAAUUUCACACUUUUUUACAUUUAACACUGAACGGACAACUGUCAAAAUUGACUACAUAUCUACAAAUAUUUAACAAAAAGAUCUACAAUUCACAAUGAGUUCUCAAAGUUCGCAAACGUCCAUUUCAGAAACUUCAAACAUUUCAAUUGAAUCUGCAAAAGGUGAAAAUGAAAUUAUAAUACCAUAUUUAGUGACCAAGCGUUUAGGAGAGAAUUUCAAAAUGAUGACCAAUGUACCAGGAGCACUAAUGGCAGAAAACUACGAAUCCCAAAACAUGAACCAACAAAUACCAUCUAUAACAAAAGUGGAUCUAAACUUUCAAUUAAACGGAUUCUACCAUAAAUCAAAUAUGUACGAAGUCAUGAAGAGAAAUAAGAACCCACAGCUUGUUAUAAGAAGAGGUCAGCCAUUCCGAGUUACUGUAACUCUUAACCGUCCUAUUGGCCUUGAUGAACGAAUCAAACUAUUGAUUUAUGCAAAGGAUCUAGAUAGUGCUUCAGUAGAAGACAAUACACACUUUACAAUCACCCCUAAGAAAACGCAAACGGCACAUUUGGAUAAAGGAAAAUGGGUCGCUGUCUGGGAUUUCAUCUCUCAAGAUGAAAAAACUCUGUAUAUUCUGGUCAUGUCAUCGCAUGAUUCAGCAAUAGGAAAAUGGAAUAUGGAAAUAUGGUUGGACAACGGUAUCCAAAGCAGCACCCCUUGGAAAAUGGAAGACCCUAUUUUCCUCAUUUUCAAUGCUUGGAAUAAAAAUGAUGAGGCUUUUGUCCCCGAUCCAAAAAGCAGAUUUGAAUACAUUAUAAAAGAUGUUGGGGUUAUUUUCCGAGGGAUUCACAACUCUAUAACAAAAGUGUUCUGGAAGUAUUCACAGUACGAAGAACAAGUGCUCGAAUUCGCAGUAGACCUGGUACAAAACAUCGGCAAGUUGCCGCUGGCCGAAUGUGGAAGCCUGGCCCUCGUAAUGAAAAAGAUCGCCGAAUCAAUUAUACACCCUCCAGGUAUUGUUGAGGAAAUGAAAGCGGAAAACUACUCUACAGACAUGACCAUCUGGACUGGGACUAAUACAUUACUGCAUAGGUUUUCAGUGUUGAAAACUCCAAUUAAAUAUGUACACCAUCAUGUCAUCUCUGCUCUCAUUGUGUCAUGCUUGAGAACUUUGGGAGUUGGAUGUAGAAAUGUGACUUGUUACAAUUGGGCAAUCAAUCCAAUAGAACCAAUCUACACAGUAGAUUUAUUAUACACCAGUAAUGAAAUGUCUGAUGUUUUCGCAAGAAAAAUGAAUUCAAUAGCAUGCUAUUUUGUGUACACAGAAGUUUGGGCAAGGGGAAUUUGCGCAAAUAAGGAAGUGACCGGCUGGUACGGACUCACACCAGAUCAGGGCCCAUUCCCGAUGAGACUUAUUAAAAAAAUAUCAAUGGAAAAGGAAAUUCAAAACAAAUCUUUCUACGGAAAUUUUAAUUCGGACUGUAUCAUCUGGAAAUUUUUCCGCCACAACCUACCAAUCAAACUGGUCACCGUUGAUGUUAAAAGUAUUGGCUCAUUAGUGGCGACAAAGGCAGAAAAUUCAUGGCGUUUGUCAAAUAUUACAUCAUACUACAAAAAACAGAAAGUGCAGACAACAGAAGAAAAAAUCAAGGAAGUUGUACUUUUCACAAGGGAAGAACCAUUAUUCCAGAGAUUUUAUGUUAAUAAUGAAAACUAUGAUUUAUCAUUUGAUCUAAGUGUUAAUCAGACCUUCAAGAUUAAUGAAACUAUACGUGUCACAUUUGGGGUUAACAAUGUUUCCAACAUUGCCAAUUAUAGUGUAGAAAUCCGGGUGAUAGUGGCUUCAGUUUUAUGCACUGGGCAGUUUGUCGAUUGUGUAAAAGAUGAUAGAAAAUUUAUAUAUUUGGAGCCAAAGUCCUCACGACACCACACUUUUAUGGUUCCAACGACGGAAUAUAUACCAAAGUUAUCUAAUGAAUGUAUUUUCAAAGUCAUGAUGCAAGCAUACGUGAAAGAAAAUACUUACGACUAUUACGAAUGUGUUUUCAUUAGAGCUAUUUUGCCUGAAUUGAUGGUUUCAAUAGAGCCAUUUGCAAAAGUCAACUGUAAAACAAUAGUCGAGUUGAGUUUUACUAAUUCUACCCUCGAGACAAUUGAAGAGGCUGUUCUAAGUUUGGCUGAACUGGACAGUUUGAAUGUAAAGAUUUUCAGAAAGUUUAAGAUCAUGCCGCAAUCCUCAGUGCAGGUACAGUUCGCCAUGGUCCCACGGCAGAUCGGUACUUACCACAUGGCCGCAAAGCUGUUGACCGAUCACUGGAAUGUUGUCAACUAUGUUAGAAUCCCUGUGAAACCACAUAAUCCAGGCAAUGCCUUAUUAUAAAACUGUAUCUCUUUUACAUUGUCAAUACACUGUACUACAUUUUA